AUGCGUCGCGAGCGUCGCAUCGAGCCGACGUCGUUCGACGCGAUCGUCGUGGGCACGGGCCUGCCCGAGUCGCUGCUGGCGGCGGCGCUGUCUCUGGCGGGGCGGCGCGUGCUGCACGUGGACUGCGCUGACUUCUACGGGUCGCACUGGGCAUCGCUGCCGCUCGACCAGCUCGCGCAGUGGGCGGCGAGCGGCGGGCGCAUUCCGCCUCCGGGGGAGAACGAGGACACGCAGACCAACGGGUUUGCGGACGACGAGGAGGAGCGCGGGGAGGAUGCGCGGAGAGCCCCUGGAGAAAGCGGGGAGGGGGACGGGGGAGUGCUGAGCGGCGACGCGGGGACAGGACAGAGAGACGGGGAGGGGGGUGCCGAGGGGAGGCAGGAGGGGGAUAGCGAAGGCGUGGGCGCAACUGAAGAUCGCGCGCGCACGAACGGGGACUCAGACGCGGGCGCGGCGGGGAGGCCAGAUGCAGUUGCGGGCGCAGGCACAGACGCAGGGGCAGGGGCAGGGGCAGGGGCAGGGGUAGGGGCAGGGGCAGGGGCGGACGAGGUGUCACUGGAGGAGCGCGUGCGGGAGGGGGAGGUGAGGGCGGUGGCGCUGGGGUCGUCGGAGGACGGCGCGCUCUACUCACGCGUGUCCACUGCCACGUGGCUGCCACGCGCCUCCCACGAGCCCUUCCACCCGGCGCGCCUGCCGGUGGAGCUGGGGGAGGCGCGGCGCUAUGCGGUGGAGCUGGCGGGGCCGCGCGUGGUGAUGUGCGGCGAGGACGUGGUGCGCGUGCUGGUGCGCUCCGGCGCGCAUCACUACGUGGAGUUCAAGGCCGUGCAGGCCCUGCUCUGCUGGCAGCGGGGGGGGGACGGGAAGGCGCGGGGGGAGAGUGGCGCGCAGGGGCAGGGCGGUGGGGGGGAAGGGGGGCUGGUGCGGGUGCCGACGAGUCGGGGCGACGUGUUUCAGGACCGGCAGCUGCCCCUGGCGGACAAGCGCCGCCUCAUGCGCUUCUUCCACUCCGCCUCCCCCCUUUCCGCUCCCCCUCGCCCCCCUGCCCCCGCUGCUGCCACUGCUGGAGUGCCAGCAGUGGCAGCAGCAGCAGCAGCAGCAGCAGCAGCUGCAGCGGGGGAGGAGGGGGAGGAGGGGGAGGAGGGGGAGGAGGGGGAGGAGGGGGAGGAGGGGGAGGAGGGGGAGGAGGGGGAGGAGGGGGAGGAGGGGGAGGAGGGGGAGGAGGGGGAGGAGGGGGAGGAGGGGGAGGAGGGGGAGGAGGGGGAGGAGGGGGAGGAGGGGGAGGAGGGGGAGGAGGCGGAGGAGGGGAGGGGAUGCGGGGGGGCAUGGUACGGUGCGGAGGCGGGCAUGAUGGUGGCGCUGUACGGCAUGGGCGAGCUCGCCCAGGCCUUCUGCCGCCUCGCUGCUGUCAAAGGCGCCCUCUAUGUGCUGCGUCGGCCCGUGGCGUCUCUUCUUGUGAAUGCACACACGGGGCGGUGUGAGGGAGUGGCAUUGGAGGAGGGGCAGCUGCUGGGGUCGCCCCUCGUGCUCCUCGGCCCCUCCUUCCUCCCCAAGCCACUGCCCCCUGCACUACCUGCACCACCACCCGCAGCAGAGCCCGCAGCAGACCCUGCAGCGGUGAGCGGCAGUGCUGAAGCACGUGGGAGCGCAGCAGGUGGCAGUGACGCGUGUGUGGGUGGGGUGCGGACGAGUCCAGGCAUGGCGGGGCCUCAGUCUCAUGGUGGUGCUGGCGGCGCUGGUGGUGGUUUGGACAGUGCUGGUGGUGGUCUGGACAGCGCUGGUGGUGGUCUGGACAGCGCUGGCAAGGCAGGUGCCGGAGGGGAGAGCGGGGAAGGGGAGGAGGAGCAGGAGGAGGGGGUGGUGGCGCGCUGCAUUUGCAUCACCGACGGUUCCCUGCAUCAAGACAUGCACACUCUGGUUGCUGUGCUGCCGCCCACAUGUGAGUGCUGCCGCCCACAUGUGAGUGCUGCCGCCCACAUGGGAAGUACCUGGUGUAUCUCUCCACCCGCUGCCUACCCUCCCACUGCCCUCGCGCCCUGCUGCUGCCCGUUCUUGCUGCCCUCACUUCGUUGUCACACCCCUCCCCCACCACUCAUUGCUGCUGCUGCUGCUGCUGCUGGAGGUGAGGGUGAGGGUGGUGGCAGGAGCAAGCAUGCAGAGGGAGUGGGCGCGGAGGAGAAUGGGGGGAGCGGGGUGGCCGGGCAGGGGGGAGGAGAGGGAGAUGAAGAAGGGGAGGAAACGGUGUCAUUCAGCUGUAUAGGAUCAGAGGAGGUGGGGUCAGAGGCGGGGACGGGCAAGGAGAAUGGAGAGGAGGCAGCGGGGAAGGGGAGGCCCACUGCGCUGUGGGCUGUGUUCUUCUCGCAACGCCUGCUGGAUGCCCGCAGUGUGCAGGUGCCUGAGGGCGUGUUUGCAUGCAGCGCUCCGAGCGACUCCCUGCACCUGCAGUCAGUGGUCGAGGAGGCCCAGCAGGUCUUCACGCGCAUUGCCCCGGGGGAGGAGUUCUUCCCCACCCGCCUGGAUGAGGAGGAGAGGGAUGAUGAGGCACAUGGGUUUGACAAUGGUAACUCGGAGGAGCAUGCCAAUGAGGACGGGGAUGGGGAUGGGCAUGGGCAUGGGGAUGGGGAUGAGCAUGGAGAUGAGAGGAGGGACCAGAGCAACGGAGGGAGGUGA